AGUACUGCAAGAACUGCUUUAAUCAAGCAAAGUGUUAGAGGGUUACUUGAAAAGAAGAAAGUGGAAUAUGGUGAUUUUAAACUAGACCAAUUUGAAGACCCAUUUCUAGCAUCUAAUGUUAAAUCCAUUUCCUUAACAGACUCUGAUAUGUCUUGUUCAGAGCAAAAGGCAAUUGAUUUAUGUGAAGGAAAUUUAAGUCUGCAUGUGUAUCAGUUACAUGAAGAUGGACCAGGUCAAGAAGAAUUAGAUGAAGAAGAAAUGUCUGCUGCCAGUCAUUGGUUGUUACCUUCGUCAGAUUUUGAUGGUUUAUGGGAUAAUUUGGUUUUUGAUGAAGAUAUUAAAGGCAGGUUAUUAAAUUAUGCAACAACUACAAUGUUAUUUUCUGAUAAGAAAGUUGAUAGUAAUGUCAUAUCAUGGAACAGAGUUGUGUUGUUACAUGGUAUGUAUGUUUAUCUCAUAUAUAAUGUGACUCUUUUUGGCUAUGAGACAAUGAUAAAAUGUAACUAG